UUGAGGGGAGGCUGAGUGAGUUUAUAAUAAACAGGGCAAGGGAGAAGGAGAGAAGGAAAAGAGGAAAAGAGGAAACGGAUCUGAAAAGAGGACGAAAGAGGAGCCCAGGGAAAAAGCAAAGGCUCCAGAAGAGAUACAAAACAAUCCCUUCUUCAGGCACCAUGGCAGCCAGAUGGAACCGGCUCUACAUACUUGUAGCACUUUUACUGGCCCUGUCCUGCAGCUCCUCGGCCAAUCAUCUCGGGGAGGGAAACCGCACAGCGGUCCUCCGCCCCCGAACCGGCGACCCAACGGGAGUGAAUACAGACGAGGACUACAACAACUUUGAGGAGGAGGAUGAUAUGCCACCCACCCCACCUCCGGUUCCUUCCCAGGACAGCAGCCCUGUGUACUGCGACUACAACCCGUGCCUGGAUCAGCAUCCUCCCUGCGCGGAGCUGGCAGCCGUUAGUAGCUGCAGGUGCCCGGGGUUGAGCGGGCCCCAAGAGGUCCCCGAGCCCCCGUUUUUACAGCAGGUGGUGCAGCAGGGGUCCGAGGUGGCGGUUCAUUGGUGUGCCCCGGCCUCCACCGUGUCCCGCUACCAGGUGGUGGUGGACGGCGGCAAGCCCCAGGUUUUCGAUUGGCUGUCGAGGAAGGCGAUGCUGAAGGAUGUGGUGGCGGGGGCGGUGGUGUGCGUGGAGGCAGUGAACGGGGCAGGGGUGAGCAGCCGCACCCAGGUGUCCUGCAAGCCCUACGAGCCCCAGAGCAGCACCAGCCUGGCCCUCAAGGCCGGGCUCAUAGGUGCCGGACUGGGCCUGCUGCUACUCCUCUCCCUGGUCGCCCUCCUGCUGUGGAGACACAAGGGCCAGAGGAAGUCUCAGGGCACAAGCUCUUCUCAUCCGGCUGAAGGGGUGCCCCUCUGAGAGGAUGGAAAGACUCUUCACUACGAGAAGGCAGUUAGAGAAAGAGGCACUGACACACUAUAAUCUCCUCUGGGCUGGGACACAAAAGCCACAGAGAACAACCUUAUUUUGAAUGUCUGAGUAUUAAUGUGCAUAUGCUUGUGCAUAAAUGUGGCUGUUUACUUCAACGUGCAUUAACUAUUAACAUAUUUAUUAAACUUCAGAACUGGAACCCGGUACCCCACAAAUACAUCAACAGGACGUCCCAUGAAAAGAAAUGGUCUUUAUGCUGCAUAACUGUGUCAGUUGAUGAUGUCUGUAUGUGUGACAGGUUAUGAGAUGUAUAUUUUCCGUGUAUCACUGUCUGAGAAUGUGGGUGAGCAAACCAACGGUCACAUCAGUAUUGCUAUUAGCGGCAGCCAGGGAGGAGAGAGCUGAGACACGUGCGACAGAUUCGGCGGCCGGAUGCUGUCACACACUGGACCAAACAGUGGUUUAAGACGGAGAGAUGAAAUCAUUGCUCAUACCUCUUGUGAGAGUGAUACAAACAUCUGCUGCAUGUGCUGCUUCAGACUUCCAUGUAACCCUUGUGCAAAUAUGUGAGCCAAGCCCAAAAAUAUUUA